AUGGUAAAAAUAGAUGACAGCCUAUGGAAGCGUAUCGGACAUGCCUAUAAAGAUCCUAUAGCAGUGAAGAUGUUCCCCACGGACAAAGUGAUACUGAUAAAUUGUGCACCAACAGACUUUGAUAGCUGUCAAAGUGAUGAUACGGAUGUGGAGGAGCCUGUGAAAACCAAAGAUACAUCGGAUUCGGACAGCAAUAUACAAUACGAGUCCAACAACGACGGAAAGAUAACAGACAACGAGAAGGAAAUAGAGCCACAAGCAGAUGUUGACAUACCAGUUACAGAAUCAGCAAUUGUUGAGCCUGUGUCUGAGCCGGUAGAAACAGUACCGGCUGACAAAAGAGCAGAGCCUGAGCCGCCCCAAAACAGAGCCUGA